AUCAUCUCUGUGCAGUUUUAACUCAACAACACCCCUGCAGUGGUGGGACAAAGGUUUAGUGGGAACAAUGGAGAUGGAGAGAAAGGAAAGGGUGUAGAGGAGAGAGGAAAUGUUUCAUUGUGCUGGGCUGCUUUGCGUAGUGAAAGAGUGCCAAAAUCAGCCUUUGGUCCUGUAGCUCUACGGAAACACACGCACUGCUUACCUCGCAGUGAGAGGGCUAGCGCAGGAAGGAAAUGAGGAGAGACAGAGACGAGAGAGAGAGAGAGAGAGAGAGAGAGAGAGAGACUGAGGGGAAAACAGCCGAUAAGGGUCACUGGGGUUUUCCACCGUGUAGGGUUAGAAAAGACAUGAGAAGUAGGUAAGGCUGAGUGAGGGGGGAAACAUACAUCCAGUCGCAGACAGCUCAGGCAGGCGGAAAGUGAGUGAGAGAGAGAGAAGAGACUGACGAGGAGUGAAUGAGUGAACGUCAGAAAAAGAGGAAGAUACUGCACCUUGAUUGAUGCUCAGUCAGCUCAGAUAAGUUAGACGGCUGCCGUUUCAAAGGACAGGAGUACGUUUAGGAGAAGAGUGUACAGGAAGACGGCCGUUGAAGAUAUUUCACACGCAGGUGGAGGACUGUAAUCGAAUGGGCUACAAAUGGAUGUGAACAUCUGUUCAAAUCAGGGGAAGUUCGUAAACAAAAAUAGGCAAUGCUGCGAUCGUUGCAAGGCAGGGACAUACAUGAAAGCUGAGUGUGAUGGAUCGAAGGCGACCGAGUGUGCCCGAUGUGAAGAUGGGCAAUACACUGCCACAAUAAAUCAUUCGAAGAAAUGUCAGGCCUGCAGGGACUGCAGUCACAGUAACAACCAGAGGUAUGCAAAGACGUGUAAGACAGACGAGGACGCAGUAUGCGAGUGUGUGGAUGGUUAUUUCUGUGCUCAUCCUGGCUGUGAACACUGCAAGCAAGCAAAGCUGUGUUCUGUGGGUGAAGGGGUCAAGGUUCGAGCUGCUGGCAUGAAUGACACGAUCUGUGCUCCGUGUGAAGGAGGGACCUACAGCAACGUAACAGAUUCAUUUUCAGUCUGUAAACAGCAUACCAGAUGUGAGAACAUCGGUAGGUUGGAGAAAACUCCAGGAACCUCCAGCACUGAUGCCGUCUGUGGCGACCGCAUAGGAUGUAACUGGAUAUUACCCGCAGGCCUGUGGUCAGGACUCGUGUUGACCGCACUCGUCCUGUUCGUUUUUAUCUGCUGGAGGGAAAAACGCAAGUCAUACAGACCAGCCAGCCCACCUGUUCCAGUUACUUUGGUUGAUAUGGCUCCAGCGGCACCCGCCAGUCCACUGGACCUGCCUUUACCGACCACAGAGCUGAAAAGUUACUGCCAAGAGAGCUGCACUGUAGACGGAUGUGAUUUACCACUGAUUAAGCAAGAUGAUAAUGUGGUCACUGACAGCCCUCAGGACAGCGUGGACAGCUACAGUCCCAUAACUCCAUUCAAGGUUUCAGUUUCAUUCACUGAACCCAGCCACAGGAAUGGAAAUGCUGUACACUGCAACAGCUUCUUCAGGACCCACUCAGAGCCACAGGAGGACGAGUGGUGCGGGGACAUAAUCAAGUAAAAGUUACACCAACGUUUACUCGGAGCCACAAGGUCUCACUCCAGGGUAGAGACAGUCCUCAAAGGGGACCUACAGUAUUUAUACCAAAGAAAAAGUAAAGUUUGCUGCCCCCUGCAGGACUUUAAUGACAAUUUCAGCACCAAUAAUGUGAUAUUUCUGUGUAAAGCCCACUGGUGCAGCUCUGUACUUGAGUAUUUUCCUAUGAUGUGAAUUAGUCUUAGAUGGGAGCUUCACAAGUGUUUUUACCACCAGCUCAGUGGUGUCUCUAUUUAAAAAUAACUAUAUUUUAUAUAUCUUCUAGAGUCAAACUUUAGACAAAUCUCAUGAAAAGACCAAAAGCAACAGCCAGCAACAAAUGUGUCAAGUUUGUGUGUGUUGUCAAAGCCUGAUGUGGCUCAUCCUUAAACAGAGCUCCAUUGUCCAAAAAAACUAUUUAAAACAGCUGAAUGAGCCACACUGUUGCACUGGGUGACUGUGUUACUUCAUCACAUCGAGGAAGGCACUGUAGUUUAAUCAGUCAAGCCCAUGUUUUGCUGCUGAAAAAGCGUUCACUAAAUGUGGCUCAAUCCACAGCAGAAAAUAGUCCCCGAGAGAUUCUGUUUUAUACUGCUGAGUCAGCAACAUUUGGUAAAAAUAACAGCGCUCAGCUGUUUUGGAAAAGGAUCGUUUGUUUGAAAAAAGUUCAACAAAAUAUUUUGGCCUGUUUUUAAACUACAUCUUUGUAAGAACAAACGGGCCUGAGUGCCACAUAGAAGUCAGAAAAUGAAAGACGUUUGUGUUGAAAAUGUUAAAACACGGUAAUCAGAUUACUUUAUUCACUACAAUCUCAUAUCAAAGUUGCAGUUUUACCUCUCUGUUUAUAAAUUCAAAUUAAAUAAAUCACCUCCAUUUCAUAUUUGUGACUUUCACCCCUCGUACAUACUGGGGCCACAUUCCCACACAAACGAUCGUUGGUGUUUUCAUGGGAUUUGUUGACAAUUGGAAAAAUACAAUACUUCUUGUUUUAAUGUAAUGUAAUGUAAAAUGUGUCGUAAUUUUAUUUCUAUGAAUUUCUAAUUUAAUUUAUAUUGUUCCUACCAUGUUGAGAAUUUGUACAUGAAAAAUGGUUCAAGCAACCAAACAGUCCGUUUUUUUUAAACGUACAUUGUCGUGAGAACUUCUGUUGACUUUCAGUAUUCAUAAAAACUGUAUGAAGCGUUGGAGAUAUGCACCAGUAAUGCUGCUGCCAUUUAAAGUCUGAGGAAUGAGGCAGCAGUGACACCCAGCAGAUGUAUGAUUUGUUUAUGACAUUAUGAAGACAGAUGCAGGAGGAAGCACGAUGGGAAUGUUUACACAAGUUCUUCUGUUCCGCUUCUCUCUUCUCAGUUAAUACCAUCGGACAGAAACAUACAGAUCAGUGAUUUUCACAGAUAUUCGGUCUCAUGUGAUGCUUCAAACUAAUGUUGAUUUAAAAAGAAAAAAAAA